AUGAAUGGUGAGGGGCGGAGUCUGGACGCCUCUAGUGACCACGCGCUCUGUUAUAACAAGGGAUGUGGACAACGAUUUCUGCUCGCCGACAAUUCUACAGACGCGUGUCUCUUCCACCCGGGAUAUCCCAUCUUCCAUGACGCUCUGAAGGGUUGGUCCUGUUGCCGAAAACGCACCACGGACUUUUCUGAAUUUCUGGCCAUCAAGGGCUGCACUAAGGGUCCUCACAGCAACGAGAAACCAUUAGAACCUCUAAAACCCGACAUCUCUGGAAGCAAGAAUGCGACCGAUGACCCGGCCCAGUGCACGGAAAUCAUUGUACAAGGCCCCAAGUCUGCAGAGAAGAUGAUGAGGGAGAGGCCGAGCACACAGGAGGAGAUGCGACCUCUUGAGCUCAAAGUCUCCCGAUCACUUGAACAGGAACUGGAGAAGCUCACGCUGUCAGUGAAGGCCGAGGAGCAGGAGAAAGCGGACGCGGCGGUGGUAGCGCCGGGGACAAGGUGUAAGCGCUCCGGCUGCAAAGAGGUUUAUCAGGGGCCAGAGGGUGACGAGGGAACAUGUGCUUAUCACUCCGGGGUGCCCGUCUUCCAUGAGGGGAUGAAGUAUUGGUCCUGUUGUGGCAUCAAAACCAGCGACUUCAAUGAAUUCCUGGAUCAGAAGGGGUGCAGCAACGGGAGACAUCUGUGGGUGCCGCCGCCUGGGAAGAAGGAAGUUUCAUGUCGGUAUGACUGGCAUCAGACCAGCAGCCUCGUCUACAUCACGGCUUACGCCAAAACAUCGAUACCGGAGCUGACCAAGAUUCAGGCCAAUCGCACGCAGCUGGACAUUCAGAUCACCUUUGAGAAGGAGAAAGAGUUCAGGAAGAAGCUGGAGCUGUGGGGUGUCAUCGAUGUGGAUAAAAGUUUUGUGAGUUUGUUCCCCACAAAGGCAGAAAUGACGCUGCAGAAGUCGGAUCCGGUCACAUGGGGGAGAUUGGAGCUGACGGCUUCCAACCCGCAAAAUACAGCCGAAUCAGAACCAGACCCAGAACUGGUACCACAAGACGGUGCCGGAGAGGACUCUGAUGACAGCCUGAGCUGGUCAGAGGACGAGGAACCCGAGUGA